AUGAAGCCCCCGAAGGUACUAGCAUUGUUUACAGGCUUUGCCAUUGCGGUGCCUCUGGAAAUCCGCAGCACCACUGAAAUAGACCCGGGGACCAUAGGCUGGACUAUUCCUGGGAUCAUUAGCAACUCCGCUGUCCCGCAAGGCGAGGUUGACUCGCCGACACCUAAAAACUCUCUCCAGCGCCGCGUCGGACCAGAUCCCAAAUUUCCAGUUAUCACAGCCUCAGAAGCUGCAUCCAGGACUGGGGAAGGUUUCAGCAAGACUGGGUGGUUCUUCCGUGGCGAUCCUCGAACUCCUGAAGUGAUAUUCAGUCAAGGUUUCCAGCCUCAAGGAAAUAACAUGGAUCUUGGGGAACAUCUCAAUUUUCGUCCUGGCUCAGGGUUUGUAGCAGUUUCACGGUCUAGUCAACAAGCCGCGGCAUAUGCAUUUGGCCGCACGGGGCAGCAGACGACGACGGGUUAUAUUUACGUCAUUGCACCGAAUAACGUCCCUGAUGGACACUUUAUCCCCGAUUUUCGACAAGACACUGCGGUUAUGCGUAACAAGGAGUUCGCUGUAGCUGGUCCCAUCCCCCCUGAAUCUAUAUCCGCUGUCUGGGAGAUCGGCAAGAACUCGGGCGCUAAGGCUUCAUGGAGGUCGAAUUCGAAUGCGGUUGUCCCUUGGAAAAAUAACAAGCCGUGCUCCAUAAUGAAAAGAGAUCUCUGCGGCGUUGAAGAUGAACCGAAGAAGGCGAACGACGAGGAACGGGGAAAGAAAAAAGGAGAGGCCAAAGAGACCAAAGAGGCCAAAGAGGCAAACAAGAACCAAGUCGACAACAAGAACCAGGAGCCCGCAGCAGAGCCGAACAAGCCUGCAGCAAAGCCGAACAAGUUCAGAGCCAGAUUAGGAGACGCGCAAAGACUUCUGGACGGCGUGUGGUUCGAUGUUGCGGGAGAGUCCGCCUACACCAAUGUUUUUAAACGCUGCGUAGGACCGAUUCAGUGCUUCAACUGUCAAGAGAUGGGACACAAGGCGUUUUCAUGCAAGAAGCCGCAAAGAUGUGGCAGAUGCGCGAAAGCAGAACAUCACCACAGAGAAUGCAAGGAGACAGUGCUAAAGUGCGUGCCCUGCGGUAGACCACACGAAUCGUAUAGCCGGAACUGUCGGGCGCGGAACCCUGGGGAUGAGACGCAGGCAGCGUCUGGCCCUUCGGGCUAA